AUCACAGUAAAAGAUAUUGAAGACUUCGAAAAGAGCUAUAAAGAUUCAGAAGAGGAGCUAGCUGAUAUUAAAGCAGCGUACAUGGAUUUUGAGGGUGACAUGGACAGAAUAAUGGAGUCUGUGUUGUGUGUGGACUAUACAGAUGAACCAAGAAUACGGAAAAUCAUAGAAAAAGCCAUUGACUCUGGAGAAGUCCCGACCUACAAAGGUUUCGUGAAAGAGUCUAAGCGGAAAAUGAUCGCAAGGAAAAGGCGGGCAGAAAAAGAAGCUAGAGAGGCAGAAAAGACUAAGGAUGAACUGGGCCUUGGUGGAGAAGAUGACUUGAAAGCGCUGAUUCAAAGCAGAAAUAAAGAUCGAAAAAAGGAAAUGGAUGACUUUUUGGCCCAACUGGAAGCAAAAUACGGGAAUAAUGCUAAAAAAGGAGGAAAGAAGACUGCAGCCAAGAAAGGAAAGAAAUAA